GUCUUAUUUUGAAAGGGUGUCCGGAAGCGCGGAGCAGAGCCCGUGAGUGCGGCAUGGUGGACGCUCCUCUGUCGGAAGAAGACGCUCCGCUCCGGGAUUUCACGGAAGAUGCAGAAGACACGGGAGCUGCUGCUUUCCGAAGGAGAACCCUCCAGUGAAGAUGAGACCAUGGUCCCAGUACUGACGUCCAGAAAAGCCAGUGAACUGCCCGUCAAUGAAGUAGCAUGUGUCCUGCAGGCCGACCUGCAGCUGGGUUUGACCCAGGAGGAGGUGAGGCGGCGGAGGGCGUACCACGGCUGGAACGAGUUCGACAUCAGCGAGGACGAGCCGCUGUGGAGGAAGUACCUGUCACAGUUCAAAGAUCCGCUCAUCCUGCUGUUGCUGGCGUCGGCGGUCAUCAGCAUCAUCAUGCACCAGUUCGAUGACGCCAUCAGCAUCACAGUGGCCAUCAUCAUCGUAGUGACGGUCGCCUUCGUCCAGGAGUAUCGCUCAGAGAAGUCUUUGGAGGAGUUGGGGAAGCUCGUCCCUCCAGAAUGUCACUGUGUCAGGGAGGGGAACCUGGAGCACCUGCUGGCCAGAGAGCUCGUUCCCGGAGACACCGUCUGCCUGUCGGUGGGGGAGAAGGUCCCGGCUGACCUCCGUCUCUUCGAGGCGACAGACCUGUCAGUGGAUGAGUCCAGUCUGACGGGGGAGACCACGCCCUGCACCAAGUCCACCGCCCACCAGCCGGCAUCCACCAACGGAGACAUCGCCUCCCGCAGCAACAUCGCCUUCAUGGGGACGCUGGUGCGCUACGGCAAAGCCAAGGGCAUCGUCAUUGGAACCGGAGAGAACUCUGAGUUCGGGGAGGUGUUCAAGAUGAUGCAGGCAGAGGAGGCUCCUAAAACUCCUCUGCAGAAGAGCAUGGACCUGCUGGGGAAGCAGCUGUCGCUUUAUUCCUUCUGCAUCAUCGGCGUCAUCAUGCUGGUGGGCUGGCUGCAGGGCAAGAGUCUCCUGGACAUGUUCACCAUCGGUGUCAGUCUGGCUGUGGCUGCCAUCCCAGAGGGCUUACCCAUCGUGGUGACGGUGACGCUGGCGCUCGGCGUGAUGCGGAUGGUGAAGAAAAGAGCGAUCAUCAAGAAACUUCCCAUCGUGGAAACUCUGGGCUGCUGUAAUGUGAUCUGCUCGGACAAAACGGGGACGCUGACCAAGAACGAGAUGACGGUCACUCAGCUGUUCACGUCAGACGGACAGCACGCUGAGGUCACCGGCGUCGGCUAUAACGGGCAGGGGGAAGUUCUGCUGAACGGAGAGGUGAUCCACGGCUUCUCGUGUCAGUCCAUCAGCAAAAUUGUGGAGGUCGGCUGUGUGUGCAACGACUCCAUCAUCAGGAAUCACAACGUGCUGGGACGGCCCACAGAAGGAGCGCUCAUCGCCCUCGCCAUGAAGGUGGGGCUGGAGGGUCUGCAGCGCGAGUACGUGCGGGUGGAGGAGCAUCCGUUCAGCUCGGAGAAGAAGUGGAUGGCCGUGCGCUGCGUUCACCGCACGCAGCAGGACAAAGCUGGAGUUUACUUCAUGAAGGGCGCGUACGAGCACGUGAUUCGCUUCUGCAGCUCCUACAACAGCAGAGGCAGCGCGCUCCCCCUGAACCACCAGCAGGUGGAGCUGUACCAGCAGCAGAUCAGCUACAUGGGCUCAGGCGGGCUCAGAGUGCUGGCGUUCGCGUCGGGCUCUGAGAUGGGGAAGCUGACCUUCCUGGGUUUGGUGGGCAUCAUCGACCCUCCAAGGUCAGGGGUCAAAGAGGCCGUGGGCACGCUCAUCAGCUCUGGAGUCACCAUCAAGAUGAUCACCGGAGACUCCCAGGAGACGGCCAUGUCUAUAGCCAGUCGCAUCGGCCUCUUCUCUAAAGGGGGGCAGAGUUUGUCUGGGGAGGAGGUGGAUCAGCUGGACCUGCAGCAGCUGUCGCAGAUCAUCUCCAGAAUUUCCGUGUUUUAUCGCGCCAGCCCGCGACACAAGCUGAAGAUCGUCAAGUCCCUGCAGAACAACGGCGCUGUGGUGGCCAUGACGGGUGACGGGGUGAAUGACGCCGUGGCUCUGAAGGCCGCUGACAUCGGUGUUGCGAUGGGCCAGACGGGCACCGACGUCUGCAAGGAGGCGGCCGACAUGAUCCUGGUGGACGACGACUUCCAGACCAUCAUGUCGGCCAUCGAGGAGGGAAAAGGAAUUUACAACAACAUCAAAAACUUUGUUUGCUUCCAGCUGAGCACGAGCAUUGCGGCACUCACCCUCAUCUCCUUGGCGACGCUGAUGAACUUCCCCAACCCGCUGAACGCCAUGCAGAUCCUGUGGAUCAACAUCAUCAUGGACGGACCGCCGGCUCAGAGUUUGGGGGUGGAGCCUGUGGACCGCGACAUCAUCAGGAAGCCUCCUCGCAACGUCGGAGACAGCAUCAUCACCCGCAGCCUGAUCGUCAAAGUGCUCGUGUCGGCGUUCAUCAUCGUCUGCGGGACGCUUUACGUCUUCUGGAGAGAGUUGCAGGACAACGUGAUCACUCCUCGAGACACCACCAUGACCUUCACCUGCUUCGUCUUCUUCGACAUGUUCAACGCUCUGAGCUCCAGAUCGCAGACCCGGAUGGUCCACGAGAUGGGGCUGUGCAGCAACCGCACGUUCUGUUUCGCCGUCCUGGCCUCCAUCAUGGGGCAGCUGCUCGUCAUCUACUUCCCUCCUCUGCAGAGCGUCUUCCAGACGGAGAGUCUCAGCGUCCUCGACCUCGUCUUCCUCGUGUCCCUCACCUCCUCCGUCUGCGCCGUAUCUGAGGUCAUCAAGAAGGUGGAGAGGUGGAGGGGGGUGGAGAAGAGCCCCCCCUCUGACUUCUUCCACGAAGUAUGACCCCGCCCCCUCGCUGUCCAGGCUGAUGGACUCUGGUGUGUGGAGGAUGAAGAGGAGGGUGGAGGUGAUGGAGCAUCUCUGUCCUGAUGGCACUGACUUCUUUGAACCUCAAAGACUUUUUUUCUGAGAUCCUCAGACGGGGACGAGACUCCGGUCAGGCACUGGAGGAGGCGCCUGGCCUCAAGGGGCGGGGUUAGCGGUCUGGACCUGUGUCGAUCGGCCGCGGCCGUUCAGCUAGAGCCUCUCUCUCUGCGCCGCGGUCCGAGCCACUUCUUCCUGCCCCGUCAUUUAGGAUGAAAUCGGACUUCGGGGCGUCUCCGUGGCCUCUUCCUGUUCUGUUUUAGUUUAGACGGCGGUGACCACUAUUGGGCUCGCUUCUCUACACGAGGUGGACGUUGUAUUUUGCGUCCUCUGUGGGAGCGUCUGCGGUGUGACGGUACAGCACCAAUCACAGAUCAAUCAGCGGGGGAAAUCAUGUUUCGAUCUUUAAUUUAUUUUGAUAACCUGAUGGGUUCUGGUGUGAAAUUUUAUUUAUCUCACAAACAGGAGCGAAUCAUUUCCUGGACGCUGGGAAGUUUUAGUGAUGUGGGUUUAAUCAAGACGGUUUUUUAAACAAAAGCUUUGAUUACGAGAAAAGUCUGAGGGCUGAUUUUUGUUAAUAAAGUUCAUAUUUUAAAAAUUAA